AUGAGUCCCCUCCUUGUGGGCUGCAUUGUUAUAUAUAUAUAUACUAUUUUUCCUUGUCGAGACUCUAUUCUCAUUGAAUACAGGGUAUAUAUAUAUGAAGGGGGUUUUGUUGUGGGUACUCUAUGCAAAUACGACAACAGUUUACCACACAUAUCAUUCACAAGAAAUAAUAAAAAAGAAAAAAACAGAAGGAAAAUAGAAGAGGGAGGCUUCAAGAAGAUGAUUCCUUCAUUGGCGAAUGUAAAGCAUAUUCUCCUUGUAUUGAGUGGCAAGGGUGGCGUCGGAAAGUCAACAGUGGCCUGCCAACUUGCGCUUGCCCUGACGCAUGUGCAUGGGAAACAUGUGGGUUUGUUGGAUGUUGACAUCUGUGGGCCGAGCGUACCAACGAUUUGUGGCGUAGUGGGCCGUGAUGUUUAUCGUGACGAAAAGGGCUGGCAUCCCGUUUCUCUUGUAGAGGAUGAUUCAACUCCCGGUGCGGGAAAUCUCAAAAUCAUGUCUAUUGCAUUUCUCCUGCCAAGUGACAAGGAUGCUGUUGUCUGGCGGGGCCCAAAGAAGGAUGCCAUGAUACGACAAUUUGUGACAGAUGUGCAGUGGGGCACGCUAGACUAUCUUAUCAUUGACACUCCGCCGGGCACAAGUGACGAACAUCUCACGCUCUGUGAAAUACUCCAGCCGUUUAAUCCCACUGGCGCCGUGAUUGUCACAACGCCCCAGGAUGUCGCAACGGAUGACGUGAAGAAGGAAUUGUCAUUUUGCCACAAGAUGGGGAUUCGUUGCCUUGGUGUUGUGGAAAACAUGUCGGGUUUUGUCUGCCCCCACUGUGCCCAUUGUACCGACAUAUUUUCCCGCGGUGGUGGAAGGAAACUUGCUGAGCUUUAUGAGGUGGAGUUUCUCGGUGCCAUUCCCAUUGACCCCAUGCUUUCUUUGGCCGAGGACAAGGGUCAGUGCUUUCUAACAGCGGAAAAUGGUGAGGGAAAUGAAACAGUGACAGCGGUGAAGAACGUUAUUGGUGCCAUAUUGAAACAAGUGGAAAGAGCAUCGAUUUAG